GAUUGUGCGACACCCUCUCCAAAUGUCGCCAAGCGGGAUGCGAACAGCGGAACAGCCGGAACAACAGCCCCAGCUGCACGUCAAAAUACAAGCUCUGGCGGUGCUAUGUUCGGAAGCGGUUUAAGCGGAGCGGAGACCGACCAACAGGCUCAUAUGAAGAACGUAUCUUCAUCUGCGUCUUCCGUUUCUUUC